UUUUGAGGCUCUAAACUAUGGUCUAUAACCUUAAAAUUUUAUAAGUUCAUUUGACUAUGUCCAAAAUGGUCAUGAUUUAAAAGUACAUGAUUAUGUUGUUUUGAAAGUAUAUAAAAUAGAACACAAUCUUCUAAAUUUUAAUUCAAUAACCUAAAUUCUGUUUUGGACUUUUUUUUAUCUAAAAAUAUUAUUACUAAGAUUUUUGUAUGACCCUCUUAUAGUCGAAACUCAUCAACACACUUCAACAUUUGAAAAAGAAAUAUAUUUCCAGUACUUAAGAUAUGUAUGCAAAUUUAACUUUUUUUGUUUGUAUACUUUAUAAAAAUAUUUUUAUCAAAAUAAUGUGAUUACAAAAAACAAAGAAAUAUCUAUACAGUAAAAACUUUAUAAAUUAAAAAUGUUGGGACUAUAAUAUUUUAUUAAUUUAUAAAGUUAUUAAUUUAUAAAAACUUCUUUUUUAGUUUUUUUUCUAUUUUUAUUUAUAGAAUUCAAAAUAGUUGAUUUUAUUGUAUAUACAUUAAUUAAUUUUAGAAAUUAGACUUCCAUAUUGAUUUACUAUAUUUUGUUGUGCAUAUUUUUAUGUUUCAUAGAAUUCAAAUGUGAUUUUAGAUAUAGUUUCACUAAAUAUCAUUAAAAUAUAUUGAAAUUUUAAGAAAGUUAGAGAUAAUUCAUUGUGAAUAAAAAACCAACAAUAUAAUGUUUAAUUUGUACUUACAUAAAACAUAUAUAUAGAUAAAUUAUUAAUUUAUAAUUUUAAUAGGACCAUAUAUUUACAUAGGACUUUCUAAAAAAAAUAUUAUCUUAUUCUUAUGGAAAAUAUUACAUAAAGUUGUUGUUUGAACAAAAUCAACAGAAAAUUACUUUAUGUAAUAUUUUCUAUAAGAAUCCAGAUCUUAAAAUCAUUCAUCAAUGAAUAAUUGGUAACAAGCUCAAAUACAUCUUUUCAACAUAACAAACUAAGCAAUCAUUAAAAAAUUAAUUGUCAAUCAAUUUUUUUUAAUUAUCCUUACAAUUUUUAUUGCUUAAAAUAUUUUUCAUUAGUUAUAACUGCGACAUGCAGUAUCAAACUAUUCAAAAGCCUAUAAACUAAAUAAACUAAUAGUCAGUCUGAUUUUGUCAAUCAGUCUUACAAUUUUCAUUUCUAAGGGGGUGUAUUGAAUUGAGGAUUUUUAAGUGUUUUGGUAUUUCUUUAAAAUCUCCUGUUAUUCAACUAAUGAUUUCUAUUUUUUUCUUCAAAUCCUGUGUUAUUGAAUAUGAUAUUUAUCUAAAGUAGCUUAAAAUCACUUGUAAUCCACUGUUAUUCAAUUAACAAUUUACUAAAAGUAAAUCAAAUCUACUGUUAUUCAAUGAUAAACAAUUUUAAAAGAAAAACUUUAUGAAAUGGAUUUGAAACUAUUUUUUUUGUUAUUUUCAGUCAAAACUAUCGUUACACAAAUCCCACCAUUGUACCUGUUAUUUGGAAAUACCCAAAAUCAAAUAAAAAAUUGACCACACCUAUGAGAACAGAGAGAGAACAAGAAAGCGAGAGAUCAGAGACGAAGCUUUCCAGAAAAGUACUGAACUUUUGAUUCCCUCUUGUUCAUGAAUCAAUACCCAAGUCGACAAUUUUGGAAGCCAAAGAUUCGAUUUUGGAGUCUCUCAAACCUGAAGGGAGCCCUUUGAUUGUUAGAUUUGAUUUCGUCUCGAGCUUUUCGUUGGAUCCGAGAAAAAGGUUUUGUGCUCUGAAGAAUCUGAGGUUGAGCUAAGGCACACGUCGAUUGAUUUGUUCCUUUGGUGUUCUAUCAAAAGCUUUGGUUCACCCAAAUAAUCUUUGCUUCAACUCUCCAAACUCAAAAGGUUGAGGAAGUAUUCUUCUACGAGACUGCUUGCCAAGUAUGAAAGCUAAGGUAGUAGAUUAGAGCUUUGGUUCUGUCCUUCCAAGUAUGCAAGCUAAGGUACUGCUUGACAAGUAUGCAAGCCAAGGUACGCAAUGCUGAUUUUCUAAUUUUUGUUUUGGAUAAAUAUGUAUCUUGUUGAUAUCUUUAUGGGCUGCUUCUUAGAAAAUUGAAUAAUAUGAUGGGCUUUUUUCGUUUAGUUGUUUAAUUAGGGUUUAGGUAGGUAUGCACAUAUAUAUAAAAUCAGUAACAUGGAGAAGAGCUUACAAAACUGAUAGGAUACGAGCAUCAAUCAUCUCUUUUAUUUGUCAAAUUACCUUCCAAACAAUGGGAGAUCCAAAAGACGUAAAAGGUAAAGGUCAAUACCACACAUGGUCUGGACCUGAGCACAAGUUGUUAUUGAGGUUACUAGUGGAUGCAAUCAAUCAAGGUUUUCGUGAUGCCAGCGGCAAAUUCAACAAACUGACGGUCGAAUCCAGAAUACUAACAACUCUACAGCAAGAAGUUGGAUCUAAAAAAACCUACGAUUUUCUUCGUUGUAGUUCUGGUUUUGGGUGGGACUCUGAAACGAAAAAAUUCACAGCAGAUGAUGAAGUAUGGAAGGUCUAUCUGCAGGCUCAUCCAAAUAAUAAAUAUCUGCGUGAUGAUUCGUUUGAAGAUUUUGAAGAGCUAAGGACUAUAUUUGAACAGAAUACUGCAACUGGGCAGAAUGCUGUGGGACUAGGUGAUUCUGUUGAUGCAGGAUCCUAUCAAUUUGAAGAGAACGAGAAGACAAAUGAUAAUAAUUUUGUCCACGUGAUAGAUGAGGGAGGAGGAAUAGAACACCAGCAAACAUAUGAACCUUCAUCAAGAAAAAGCAUUGGAGAAAAGCUUUCACAUAGAAAGAAAGCUAGGACGGAUUCAUAUAACUCGGAAAGGGUUUGUGAGGAAGUUACAGAAAUCAGUAGCCAAAUUUUUGACAUGAUUCAGAAAAGAUGGGUGAAGGAAGCUGAAGAAAAAGAAGCUGAAGACAAAGCUAACAAUGUUUGGGAUGCUAUCAAGGAAAUUCCUGACUUGGAUGAUGAUUUGCGUUAUGAGGCGAUGACCCUUGUUCACACCUUAGGCAUGAAAUCUGGUUUCGUGAAUAUGUCCAUAACAGAUCGUUGUGGAUGGAUUAAAAGAAAUCUCCGUAAACCAAGUGGCUGAAGUAACAUGAUCGGAGUUCUAAAGAUAGUUCGUCAUCUUGGAGUUUUUAUUUCUUUAAAGUUGAGUUUUUAUUAUUACUUUAGCUAUGGUUUUGUUUCUUCUUUGCAGAAUUGUUAUGAUUUUUGUUCUUUAUAUGUUAUGGUUUUUGUUUUUUUUACUACAAUGGUCUAGUUUUAUUUAUUUAUAUACGACACUAUCUUCUUGUUUUCUCCUACAAUGGUAUAAUUAUAUUUUACAUAGGAAAGUAGUAUAUUCUGUUCAAAGUAAACAUUGAUUUUGGCGGCUAAAUUUGGCGGCUAAUUCGUUAGGAUACGAUUCCUUAAUGAUUUGUGUAACCUUAUUUAUUUGUCCUCUUCUUCUCUAGCUAAAGUUCAUCACCGCCGCUUUAUAUUACGUGAGUAUCUAGCAUUAUUUCACACUUUGUUCACCAAUUAGACAGUUUCUUAUGACUUGUUAUUUAUGUUUUUGUGCAGAGAUUUCAAUGGCUCAUAUUGUUAAUGCAAAUGAAGAGAUACAAGUUAGGAAAAAGAGAAAAAAGAUGUCAAAUUUCAAGAUAGACGUUGAUAUUCUCUUACUGGUUUUUUCUAUCAUUGUGAAGGUACGUAAUGUCGCUUCACGUAUUCCACAAAUACAACGUGAAAUUAGAAGAUCAACUACAACACUCGGACAUGAAUACAUACAAAAUGCUUUGGUUGAAGAUCCUAAACAUUUUCGACAUCUAUAUCGUAUGUAUCCGGAUGUGUUUUUGAAGCUAUGCUCUAUUAUAAGAGUAAAGAUGGGAUUAAAAGAUACAAGAUAUGUUUCAGUUGAAGAAAUGCUAGCCACCUUUUUGUUCAUUGUUGGUCAAAACUCAAGGUAUAUUCAGGCUCAAGAUAGAUUCAAGAGGUCAAGAUUCUCAAUAAGUACGAGUUUUCAUACAAUUCUGAAAGUGUUAAACGCACUUGCUCCAAGUUACAUGGCCAAGCCUGAAACAACAGUGCCUCCAAAGAUAAGAGAUAGCACACGAUUCUAUCCUUAUUUUAAGGUACAUGUAGUUCUUCUCUUAUGCAUUUUUUAAAUACCGCAAAAAAAUUUACAUGUUUCUAUAUUUUAUUAGGAUUGUGUAGGAGCUAUUGAUGGAACACAUAUUCUUGCGAUGAUAAGUGGAAAGGAUUCAUCUAGCUACCGCAAUCGAAAAGGACAACUAUCACAAAAUGUUUUAGCUGCAUGCAAUUUUGAUUUAGAAUUUAUAUAUGUUCUUAGUGGAUGGGAAGGUUCAGCUCAUGAUGCUAAAGUAUUACAAGAUGCUUUAACAAGAAAUUUUAACAGAUUACAAGUUCCAGAAGGUAUGUCUGGUUCUUAUGAUUAAAAUAUUGAUGUGUUAUUUUUGUAUUUUCUUAAAAUUAUUUGUAUAUGUUAUAUGAUUUCAGGAAAAUUCUAUUUAGUCGACUGUGGAUACGCCAAUCAUCGUAAUUUUCUGGCUCCAUUUCGAAGUACUCGCUAUCAUCUUCAAGAUUUUAAGGGACAAGGCAAAGAUCCUGUGAAUCAAAAUGAGUUGUUCAAUCAUCGUCAUUCAUCCUUGCGAAAUGUGAUUGAGAGAAUUUUUGGCAUCUUUAAGUCAAGAUUCCUCAUCUUCAAAUCUGCUCCACCAUUUCCGUAUAAAACACAAGCAGAGUUAGUUCUUGCAUGUGUUGUUCUACAUAAUUAUCUUCGUAAAGAAUGUCGUUCAGACGUGUUUCCUGAAGAAGUUGUUGUCGCUGAUGAUAAUGAAAGUGAUGUUCAAGAAAUAGGUGAAGAUGAGAACAUGGAUGAUGAUGUUCAAAAUGGCACUCAAGAACAACAAAGAGUGAAUGCUAAUAAUUGGAGAGCAAAUAUAGCAGCAACCAUGUGGACAGAUGCUAUGCAUAUGGGAUCUUGAUGCAGCAACAGUUUACGUUGUUUAUAGAUGUUAUCUCUGCUACUAUGUUUUUAAAUUUAUCUUUCAUGUUGUGGUUUAUGAAUUUGGUUUUUUGAUAAACAAUUUUGAUCUAUUAUAUUGGCUUUUAGUAAGUUCUGUAGCUUUCUUGAAUA